ACGCAUACUACAUGCAAGUAUAACCGUGCAAUACAGGCCGUCGACAAGUACCGAUCCUGCUGUACGCUUCGCGCUGGCUCGCUGAGAGCAGAGUCCGACAGACCAACUCGUGCCUUCAUGGAGUGCAGAUCGAUGAGUCCAUUGAGGUCAUUACUCCGGCACUCUACCCGAACCCUUCUGUGCCUGUGGUCGUGGUUCCGCGCGCUGUUUGGGGCUGUUGUCAGGCCGUGGAUGCCCCGCCCCUCCGCCUGCCCUGACCCGACGGAGGACAAGGGCGUGACCCCGGAACAUCGUAAGGUCCGCGGCUACAACAUUGCGCGGCUUUACUACAAUGUCGGGGAGUACGCCAGCGCUGCCCGCUACCUUGCCGAGUUCCUGACUGUGCGACCACGCGCCAUGGAUGCCCACCGCCUCCUAGGGCAGGUGCAUGAGGGGCUGGGCAACAAGGAGAAAGCAGUGCAGGCCUAUAAGACAGCCUAUGAGUUGGGCGAGGGACAAAAGGACCUGGUGCUCAAGAUCUGCGAUCUGUACACCGAGGUGGAGGCGGACUCGUCGGUGCGGCUGUACUGGGCUGAGGAGGGCCAGCGCCUGUACCCCCACCGGGAGAGUGUCGUGAAGCUGCGCGAGACUCUCCUCUCCCGCGAUGGCACUAAGUCACGGGAGGAGCUGGAGAAACUGUACCUGGAGGAGAUCAAUGCCAGCCCCACGGAGGUUCGCCUACAGACCAACCUGCUGCGUCUGUACCGGGACUGGGGAGCCGAGGACAGUGCCAAGCUCGCUGAGGCCUACAGCUACGCGUGCCAGGUGGAGGCGCGCAAGCCCUUCAGCGACUCACUGCAGUGGUACCAGACCCUGUUGGAUGUGAUGCAGGCCUACCGCAGCACCAGGGACGUGAGUGCAGACGAGACCUUCCACACCCAGUACCUGUCCGCCCUGGAGCGCCUUGUCUACCUCACCCUUGCCUCCUGCAGCGCCUCCGCCCUCCUCUCCCAGUACACCCUGCAGGACGCCGCCUCGCUCCUGCAUAAAUUUGACCAAAGCCUCAAGUCCCAUCUACACGUGGUGGGGGCCAAGUCUAUGUUCGGCCAGCUCAUGGUGGGCCAACUCUACCUCCACAUGGGCAUCUUCCUCAUACACAACGCUAAGAAGGAGGGACUGACACAAGCGAACAUCACAUCUGGGGCGCUGCUCUUCCAUGCAUGUCGCUUCAGGCCACCAGAGAAGACUAAGGCGUGGCGCGCUAAGGAAUACUUCUGGCAUAAGCUUGCCUGCCACAGACUAUCCCAGGCGGCUCACGUCCUCCGGCACAUGGCAGGGGCGGACGCGGACAGGACACGGUUUCUCGACAGAGUGAAACAGCAGUGCAGCAACAAGGAGGCACAGCUUGGCAUCCACCAGGCGCUGUUUGGGGCCUCGGCGAACACCAAGAAGGACGUCGCUGGUAGCUUCUUCCUGUGCGAUGAGGAGUUUGUGACGGCACCGCUGCAGUACCCUGAAGCAGAACAGCUCAAGGAGUGGGACCAAGUUGUCGGUAGUAUGUUCUGUAGCAGCCUGGGAGACCUGGUGUGGCUGUGUCUGCAACAAGCACCAGAGGACCUCCACGAGCCACAGCCCUACUACUCCUUCACCCUGUUCGACGGCCUCCAGUUCUCCUCCACCAGCCUCUCCACCUGGUCCCCGGAGACACUGUGCCACCUGGACCUCCUAGCGUUCUUGGCAGCAACGGUUUAUUGUCAGCGGGUGGCGGGCAAGGAGACUCAUGGGCCACCACCAGCCUCCCUCCCCACCGUGCUGAGCGCCCCGCUGUGCACUCAGGAGCAGGGGGAGUGCUGGGGGGCGGCACACACCCUCUUCAACAACCGGGCACACCACCGCCUCUCCAAGCUUCGGAUGACCCUCCAGCGCGGCCUUGAGGUCAUCCGGGCACAUGGCAACCAUGGCAUUGACCUCCCACUCAUGGCCCACCUGGCGCAGUGCUUCACCAAGUGGGCGAGUGUGGCGGAGGCAGACGGGAGUGCUGCCAACGAGGUGGAGGCCCUGAGGGAGCGGGCCGAGCAGUAUUGGCAGCGCGUUCAGUCCCUCUGUGUGCGGGCCGCCAGGAACACCGUCAGCGUGGCCCCGCGGAACCCUCUCUUUGUGGCGCCUGGCAUGAGUCUCUCAGAUGAGGAGCGCAGCAAGGUGGAGGAGGAGGGCAAGUUCUUCCUAGCGCUGCGUCUCGUGCAAGCCGGGAGGCAGCAGGACGCAAUACAGGCCCUUGGGGAACUGAAGAGCCCUGAGGCAGCCUUCCAGAGAGCCAUGCUGUACAAUGAGCAGGCACAGGCCAUCGUGGGUGAAGGGGGUUUGGAGGCAGCCACACCGGAGGCACGCGCUCAGCAGGCCUCCCUCCUCACCCAGGCCCGCGACACCCUGUACCUCACCCUUGACAGACUGCGCAUGCCAGGAGUGGACCGAUUCCAUCCACUCAACACCAAACUUAGCCAGCAACUCGAAGACGUGGAGCGCCGCCUGUCUCUCCUCACUCCGGCAGGGCAAUCCACACACCACCACCACCACCUCCACCACCACACUGAGGAGGACGCGGAAUCCUUCUCGGACGCCUCACACUCCGCCCAUGAUCUCACCAAUGGCCAUGACCCCUCCUCCUCCCCCCACCACCCUCUGCACCCCCAGCUCCUGCCCUCCACCCCCCUAGCCCGGUCGUUCCUUGCAUCCUCGGCCGCGAAUUCCCCUCAGAAGGCACUCUCCUCUAGGGUGAUACGACAGGAGGCACGACCAAGCCCAGAGCGCCUCCAUGCCCAGGUGCAGGCCCUGUCGGAGGUGCAGGAGAACACCCUCAGGAGCAUGGAGGAGCAGAACGCAGCCCUCAAAGCACAGAACCAAGCCCUCCGUGACCUCUGCACAUCCAUGGCUGAUGGAUUCCGCGAGAACUCGAACCUCUACCACUCGAUGCUGGAGCAGAACCGCGCGCUCUCCCAGGACGCUUAUACAUCCGUUCUCGGGGAGGUGCGGCAGGUUCACUCGGCCCUAAAGGACACUCAGACGCAGCUCAGGGCCAUGGCAACGGACCUGGCCGAUCUGAGGUCCAUGAGAGCCACGGCCGUCGUCACCCCAUCCAAGUUGCAGGAGGUGGCGGAGGUGAAGGCCAGUGAGGAGGUGCCUGUGGACAUCCCUGCUGCUGUCGUUCCUCCAGGACUGUACGGAAGCUAUGUCGGGUACUACAGCCAGCCUAGCCCUCUCAUGCCUACCCCAGGGUUGUUCGGCAACCCUCCCUUCUUCCCACCCUCAACUGUGCCAGAGCAGACUUACAGCAUUGCAUCAUCUGUCAACCAAAGUGGUGGGAUGUCCAGCAUGGCCCAGACCACCGCUACGCCCUGCUCCCCUGCCAGCAUCACCGUUCCUUCCCCUGCAACCACCUCCCUGCCAUACAGCCAAGCCACGACAGGGAGCUGGAGCGUCGCAAGCAGCCUAGGCAAUAACAACACAGGGAAAGGGCAGUCCGGGGAUUCGCCUGCGCCUGCCCACGCCUUCCAGAUUGCGAUGCCGCCCUCCUCCUCCAGCACCCUUACCCCCCCGCCAAGAACAUCCAUGCCAGGAGAGCUGCUGUCCCAUUCCCUCCCAUGCUCCACCACCGCCGGUCUCCUGGCCAAUGUGCCCCCCCCACUCUACUCUGCGGUCACCCCAGACUCGUCCCCUGUUCGCGGGCAGUCACAUGUCAGAGCUCUAUCAUCGGAGUUGUCAACGGAAGGCAUGUCUCCUGCUCCUAACAAUAUGGUAGCCCCUUCCACCACAACCACUGCGCCAGGUUCCUCCCAGGACACUAGCCCCCUCACAUUCCCCGGAGGAUUCAGGAGUCCCACAGUGGCACCCACGAAGGACAUCAAGGUGUCCCCAGUGAAGGGCAACCAGGCAGAGGAUGACAAUGAGUGUUACGUUGAGGAUGACCACGACCCUUGCCCUGACUACAAGCCCCUCGUGCCCCUGCCGGAGAAGGUGGAGGUGCGCACUGGAGAGGAGGAUGAGCAGGUUCUGUUUGAGGAGCGCGCCAAGUUAUUCCGCUUCGUCGACAAGGAGUGGAGGGAGCGAGGGACAGGCGUCAUGAAGCUCCUCCACAACCCAGGCCAGUCAUCAGCCCGUGUGUUGAUGAGGCGAGACCAGACCCAUAAGAUUUGCGCCAACCACCUCAUCACGUCGAACAUUGAAGUCCAGCCCUUGGUAGGAAGCGACAGAGCGUGGAUUUGGGCGGCCAAGGACUUUGCCGACGAGGAGUUGCGGACGGAGAAGUUCUGCUGCCGAUUCAAGACAGUGGAGGUGGCUAACAGUUUCCGCGAGGCCUUCAUGAAAGCCAAAGCCAUCGCCAAGGCCAAGGAAGACUCAGGUGUUGGCAGUGACCAGGGCAAGACAGAGGGAGUGCCUGGUGUGACAUCCUACGGCACCACCAGCAUCAAGACCUCCACCCCUAUCAAACAGCAGACGCCAUCACCCAGCGCUGCGGCCACCUCCUCUACCCCCUCCCUGGCCAUGCUGUUCAAACCUCCGCCUGGGUCUUGGAAGUGCAAUACAUGCCUGGUGACGAACAAACAGGAGGAUGGUCAGUGUGUGGCCUGUCAGAUGCCGAACCCUACCGCCACCACCCCUGCCAAGAGUGACGUCCCUGCUUCUAGCUUGGCCUCGUCGCCCUUCGCCACCUUCAAGUUCAGCCCAUCCGUACCCACCGAGGGAGGGGCUGCCACUACCACCACCACCACCGCAAGCAGCCCAGCCCCAACAGUAGGCUUCAAGUUCAUGGGCUUCCCCUCGACCACCGCCAACACCAGCACCCCUUCCACCAUCUCCACUCCAGCCCAGCCUAGUGCCGCAGCCUCCACCGCAGCCACCACCCCCUCUACCUUCGGGUUCAAGUUCAACCUGAGCAGCACCACCACCGGCAGCCCCAGUGUGAGCGCCGCACCACCACCGACAACCUCCAGCACCCCCGCCUCCGAGGGCAGCAAGGACCCAGGCAAGUUCUCCCUCAGUGGAUUCACCUUCAGCUCCACGCCCUCGAUCUCGCCGGAGAAGAAGAAGGAGGAGCCCAAGGAGGAGAAGAAGAAGGACCUUGUGUUUAGCGGGUUCUCUUUCGGCUCAAACGCGACGUCCAGCGCCCCAUCGGCUAGUUUCACAUUCGCCGCACCGUCAGAGAGUUCAGGCAAUGCAGGAGGAGGCAGUCUCUUUGGAGGGAAGUCUGCAGCCAGCACCGUGAUGUCCUUUGGUUCCCCUGCCACCACUGCCACAUCCGCUCCCUCCAUCUUCACCACCAAGGCUUUUGAGCCACAGACGCCAGCGGGAGUGACCAAGUCUCCGCAGAAGGAUGACAGCGAUGACCGAGUGGAGGAGUACGAGCCUCAGGUGGACUUCCAGCCGGUGGUGCCCAUGCCCGACCUGGUGGAGGUGAAGACAGGCGAGGAGGGUGAGGAGGUGCUCUUCUGCGAGAGGUCCAAGCUGUUCCGCUACGACAAGGACACCAAGGAGUGGAAGGAGCGUGGCGUCGGCGAGCUCAAGAUCCUCCGAAACAGCGCCUCAGGCAAGGUGCGAGUGUUGAUGCGCCGCGACCAGGUGCUGAAGGUGUGCGCCAACCACUUCAUCACGCCAGGCAUCAAGGUCACGCCCAUGGUCUCCUCCGACAAGACAUGGAUCUGGGCCGCACAGGACUUUGCCGACGAGGAGGUGCGGCAACAGCAGUUUGCAGCACGAUUCAAGACUCAGGAGCUGGCGCUGUCCUUCAAGGAGGCAUUCGAGAAGGCCCAAGUGACACUGGAGGCAUCCACCGCUGAGCAGGACACGGCCAAGCCUGCUGAACCCUCCACAGGUGCAGCAGCUCCCUCCAGUGGCGCCCCAUCCCUCGCCUCUCUGUUCCCUAAGGCAGCUGAUUCCUGGGAGUGCCAAGCCUGCCUGGUGCGCAACAAGGGCGAGAAUGCUGAGUGUGUGUCCUGCACCACACCACGGGAAGCAAAGGAAAAGGGCCCAACUCCCAAAGAUAAACCCAAGGCAGUGACAACAGCACCAGCGACGUCCUCCUUCGCCGGCAUGUUCCAGCCUCCUAAAGGAUCAUGGGAGUGCGACACAUGCCUGGUUCGCAACAACGCCGAUACCCAGACCUGCGUUGCCUGUGGUUCCCUCGCACCAGGAGCAGCCGACGUGAGCGACCAGGCUAUUGAUCUCUCCAAGGGGCAGUCACCGUCCUCCACCUCUGCCCUGGGCCCAAGCACCUUCAAGUUCUCAGCGGAAAGUAACAAGCAGGCGUUUUCAUUCGGCAUCCCACAGAGCCAGCAGGAGGCAAGUCCCGCCCCGCCAACCCAAUCCACCUUCACUUUUGGUCUGAACACGUCGGCGGAGGCUACCAACACCACCAAACCAACCGCCACAUUCUCCUUCGGCAUCACAGACACCAAGACAGCUCAACCGGCCUUCUCCUUCGGCUCCAGUGCCCCAACUAACAAGCCUUUUGCCUUCACGUGGCAGCCCCCAGCGCCCACCGGUCCCUCUGUCUCAUUUGCCCCUACCCAACCCGUGGCGAUCCCGUCCAGCCAACAUGGGGAGGAGCCCACGACCCCUACCUCUGGCAUGACCCCGACCAAGGGAGGCUUUGUAUUUGGCAGCCCCGGGAAGUAUGAGUUCUCGUUCGCCGGCGUGAAGGCCAAGUCGCCGCGCUCCAGGGACAUCAGUCUGUGCGAGUCCGAGGAAGGGUUGGUGGAGGAGGAUGAAGGCGACCAUCUCUACUUUGAGCCUGUGGUACCCCUGCCGGACAAGGUGGACGUGGUGACAGGGGAGGAGGACGAGGAGAUGGCCUACUCCCACCGUGCCAAGCUGUUCCGCCUCGUGACAGGGGAGUGGAAGGAGCGGGGGAUUGGAGACUUCAAAAUACUCAUCCACAAACAGAACGGCAAGGUGCGCCUAUUGAUGCGUCGGGAGCAGGUGCACAAGCUCUGCCUCAACCAUUACCUGGAGAAAGAUCUGGAGGUGCGCCGGAAGGAUGACAAGACCUUCUACUGGGCCGCCCUCGACCACUCCGAAGCCACUGCCAAGACCGAGACCUUCGCCCUGCGCUUCAAGACACCAGAGAUCGCCGCCGAGUUCUUUGUGGCGCUGAAUGAUGCUAAGGUCAAGUUGGGAGGCACCGCAACCGAGCUCCCACAAGCUGAAUCCACCACACCAGCGAAGGGCAACACCGCAGCCUCCUCCGCCACCACAACACCGGCCAAGGAGAAUGUGACCGUGGUGGCUCAGGCAGACACCACCACCCCAGCCUCAGAGCCACUCAAGACCCUGACCAUCAACGCCACCACACCAGCUGCGUCGUCGCUCUUCGCUGGUGCUACUAAAUCGCUCUUUGGGGAUCCAGCACGGGGAGACACCACCACCAGCAACAACAACAACACCUCACUAUUCAGCUCAACUCCCAACACCUCGACGUCCACAUUCGCCAUCACCACCUCGGCCUCACUGUUCGGAGGCACCACGAAGACCCCACUUUUCGGGAACACCAACACCACUUCCCCGGCCUUCCCCAACGCCUCUUCAGCGCCGCCCGUCUUCGGUGGGCCCCCAGCGUUCACAGUCAAUGUGUCCUCAAACUUUUCCCUGCGGAGUUCCCUGCCUCUAAGCAUGUCAACGGGCUCCACCACGUCUAAGUUAUCGAUCUUCGGAGGCGCCACAACUACCUCAAGCAUUCCCCGGAGUUCGUUCAGCUUCGGCGACAAGUUUUCCUCGGAGCCAGACAGCAGCGAUGAGGUACAGGUAGUUUAUGAGAAGACAGCCACAGCGGAACAGGUUGAACGUGCCCGGAAGCUACACCUCCCGGAUAAUUUCUACCUGUAUGAGGAUGCCCCACCCUGCCCCGGCUGCCCUGGCUGUGAAGACGAAGAAUCGGACAAGGACGAGGUCGUGAAAAUUACAGCGUCGACACCUAUGUUCGGUGGACCGUCCAUCAAGCCUGUUCAGUUCGGCGCCACGUCCGCGCCAUCCACCACACCCGCCACCUUUGGGAAGCUAACGACAGACUCACCAAGCAUAUUCGGAGGUGCGAAAACGCCUACCACAGCAGCAUCCUCAACCCCUAGCCUCUUUGGGGCUAGUAAGCCGGCUAUAUUCUCCGGGCCUGGGAUAUUCGGAGGGACACCAUCCACCUCUGGGAGUAUAUUCGGAGGGACAGCAAGCUCCUCAGGCAGCAUCUUCGGAGCGACACCAGCUUCCUCUGCGAGUAUAUUCGGAGGCACGCCAACCACCUCUAGCAGCGCAAUGGGAGGAACGCCAACGACUAGUAUAGUGUUCGGGGCACACACUACUACAGCAACCAUGACCGGCAUCUUUAGUAACUUCUCCGCCAGUGCCUCCACCCCAUCCAGUGGCUUGACAGGUGGCACAGCUCCCUCUAAUAAGUUAUUCAGCACGCCCACCACCACCACAAGCCCCACCACCCCAGGCUUCUUCACCGCCUCCCUAGCGAGUGCCACGGCAGCCGCUUCUGCUGCCACCACCACCCCUAGUCUUUUCGGCACCCCUCCAGCGGGACUCCUCCUCCCUAGUGGACCGUUUGGUGGGAAGGGAGGUGCUGGGGGACUGCUACAGACCUCACAGCCCUCUCAGUCCCCUGCCGCAGUCACCUCAGCCUCUACCCCAAGCCUCAGUGAAGGGGCUAGUCUAUUCCCAUCAGCCAAGAGCACAGACUCACAGCUUACCUUUGCUGACCUGGCGCAGGGGUCUGGUGGGGACGGGUUUAGGAAGAAGCCAUUAGACCCCAAAGUGGCCGCCGUGUGGGCCACUCAAGGGCAACCGGUGUUUGGGAAGUCCCCGAAGAAGGACGGUGACGAGGAUGGCGAGGAUGAUGAUUCCCACGACCCACACUUUGAGCCGGUGGUGCCGCUGCCGGACUUAGUGGAGGUGAAGACCGGGGAGGAGGACUUACAGGUGAUAUUCUGCCACCGCGCCAAGCUGUACCGAUACGACGGAGCGACGAAACAGUGGAAGGAACGAGGGGUUGGAGACUUUAAAAUCUUGUAUGACCCUUCAACCGCCAAGUACCGACUCCUGCAGCGAAGGGAGCAGGUGCACAAACUCUGCUGCAACCACCACCUCACGGCCCAGCUGGUCAUACGCCCCUUGCAGUCGUCCGAAACCGCCUGGUGCUGGUAUGCCACAGACUUCUCGGAGAAAGCUGAAGGCGUGAACGAGCAGCUGGCGGUCAAGUUCAAGACAAUCGAGCUGGCUAAGGAAUUCAAGACUAAGUUCGAGGAUUGCCAGGAGCAGUUAAGAAGGAAUCCACCUCCACCUUCUGCUCCACCUGCUGACUCCUCAUCCACCAGCACAUCCGCCACUGUGGUUCUCCCUCUCUCCACCACGAACACCACGGAGGAACAUGAUGAAGACGAUGAGGAAGAUGGUGACGAGGAGGUGGAGGAAGAGGAGGAGGAGGACGAUGAUGAUGAGGUGGACACUGAAGAUGAAGAUGAAGAAGAUGAGGACGAGGAAGAGGACUCAACGGUCAUGUUCAGCGAGAGGUGUACGCUGAGUGUGAAAGACAUGAACCAGUGGAAGCUCCUAGGCGCAGGACGGCUAACGAUGCAGUACGAUGAUGAUGUGUUUGGUGCCCGCAUCACUAUUGAAUCGGACAGCGGCGACACCCUAGCAGAGCACAUUGUGGCCAUCCAGACGGCCAUGCACAAGGAGGGCCACUGUGCCACCUGGUCCGUGCUGAACCUGAAGCCAGAGCCACAGAGCCAUGCCACCUUCAAGGCCAAAUUCUUCACCCAGCAGGCCAUAGACAUGUUUGCCAAGGCUUUUGCGGAGGCGAAAGAGUACGCAGAAAACUCCAACCUAGCGGAGGAGCCCAGUCUGUCGUUUGGGGAGGUGCUCGCCUCAGACCUUUACUACGGCCAGGGAGCUGAGGAAGGCUCACCAUCCAAUCAGAGUCAAGUUAAUGCAGUCAAGGUCACAUGGAACUUGCCCUUUAGCCCUGACCAGCUGACCUCAUGUGACCCCGCUCUAACACGUGAACUUUUGGCUUCACUACAGGGGCAUUGCCAUGUUCCCUCACCCCCCCAUAACAAAGACUAGAGAAAGUAGAUGAAGAUAGCAAGAAGGAGACGAGGUGGAGGAGGGAAAGGAGAGAACCAACAAGGUAUAACAAAAUCGUGUGGAAAAUGAGCAGAAGAAAAAAAACUUGCAAAAUGGAUGACCUAACAUUCAUACAUCCAACAAGACAAGGAAAAAUGGAUGAAGAUGAAGAAAAAAACUACCUAGUGGAUGACCUGACAAGCAUAUACCCACCAAGACAAAGGAAAGAGAUGACAACGAAGAAAAGAAGAAAAAAGCUGCCUAAUGGAUGACCUAACACGCAUACAUCCAACAAGGGGGAAGCAAAAAUGGGUGAAAAAUUAAGAACGGAUGAAAAUACUUAACAGAAUGGAUGACAUAACGUGUAUAUCCAUCCAUUUCAUCCACCCACACCCUCCUCCUUCACCCUCCUUCAUCCGGACGAAGUGAAACCAAGCGGAAGUUGCCCAGAAUAGUAGAAUGAACUUAGUGAAAUUAUGACUUAGGAAUUAACAAGACCUAACAUAUAUAUCCAUACACUCCCUUCUCCUUCCCUCCCUCCCUAGCUCCCUCCCUCUUCCCAUUCUCCCUCCACACACAAACACACACAUAUACAGACCACUCCCCCACAAAGUCCAUAAGCUAAAUAAAACUUAAGAUAACCAUACAUAGAAUACAUAAUUAGAAGGAUGCAAUGCUCUUCUAAUAACCCCCCUCCCCCCCGUCCUAUCCUUCCUUCACUUUCGAUAUGUAUAGCAAAAUAUGUAGUAAGGAGGUUUUGAAGUGAAGUCCAAACGAGUAUAUGAGUUUUAAUGCUUUUGUAUAAAUAUCUAGAUGCUGUUUGGUCUCCUUUUAGCCAUACCUCUUCUCCCUCCCUCCUCCAUUUCCCUUCCCUUACCUCCCCUUCCAAAGCGGCUAUCCUCUCCCUGUCACUUCCUAUUCUCCCUUCUCUCACACUCCUCUGUUCCUUCCCUUUGUAUCUCCUCUCCCUUUCCCUUCCUUAUCCAUUGUCCCAUACCUCCUCUUCACUGUCCCCCUUCCUUAGCUGUCCCUUCCUCCUUUACAUCCCUUCCCCUUCCUAAGCUGCUGUUGUGUUCCCUUCCCUUCCAUUAAACUGCAGUGUGUGUGUGCCUCCCUUCAGUCCCUUCCUUCCUAAGCUGUCAUGUUCCUUGCUGUAUGUGUGUGUGUGUGUGUGUGUGCCUCCCUCCAGCCUCUCCCUUCCUUAGCUGCCGUCAUGUUCCCUUCCCUUCCUUUAAACUGGUGUGUGUGUGCCUCCCUUCAGUCCCUUCCUUCCUAAGCUGCCAUCAUGUUCCCUUCCUUCCCUUUAUACUGCAGUGUGUGUGUGCCUCCCUCCAGCCCCUCCCUUCUUAAGCUGCUGUCGUGUUCCCUGCCCUUCCUUUAAACUGGUGUGUGUGUGUCCCUCCAUCCCCUUCCUUCUUAAGCUGCUGUCAUGUUCCCUGCCUUUCCCUCAAACUGCAGUGUGUGUGUGUGCCUCCCUCCAGCCCCUUCCUUUCCUUCCCUCAUCUAAGCUGUGAUGGAGCAUGAACUGAGCACAAAGACUUGGUUGUACUGUUGCUUUUUUCGCUAUCGUAAAAGCAGUUUCGUUUGCUCAGGUUAAGUUCGUUCUCUCUUUCCUGGUUGGUUCUUCCAUUAGCCGUAAUACACACACACACACACACACACAUAUACACACACAUGUACACGAACACACAUAUAUACAUGCAUACGUUUAUUGCUUAUGUGUGUGUUGUUUUAUACUAUAGUUCUUCCCCUCUUCCAUCUAUCUCGGGUGUGUGUGUGCGUGUGUGUUAUUAUGUGAAAAGUGUGUGCGUGUGAGUAUGAGUGUAUGGUAAUGAAAGUGUGAAUAUGUAUGUGUUUUCUGUGUGCGUCUGUGUGUGUGUGUGUGUGUGUGUGUCUUGGGGGGUGCAAAGUCUGGCUGUGCCUUUCUUCAAUCAUGUGUUAAGAUGUAUCUCCAAACACUCAAUUAUUUUUAAUCUCCACCAAACAAAACAACAGGCAUCAUUAUUUUUUUAUCGUCUUCCUGAUCUCUGUUGCUCUUUUAUUUUUGUGCUGCUAUUAUUACCCUCAGCAUCCUCCUCCCUUCUGUCUAUUGUUGUCACCGCUACUGUUUUUCCUUUUGGUACAAAUCGAAGCAACAUGGGCCAAAGUUUGUGGUACGAUUUAAGAAUGAGCAAAAUUUUGUGUCCAUGUCGUUUGUGAGUGAAUGUCUCGCUUAAGAUUACAAUACGAAUCAAUUUUUUUUUUAAUCGAAAGCAACAAGUGUUUCGGAAAUUGUGAUUUGAGGAAGUAAGUGAAACAUUCUAAAAAAAAGACGAGAUAUCUACAUUGAUUUAAUUUUAGUGGAACGUACUCGUGAGUGUUUUAUUGUGUAGGUCAGUUCUGAAGAUAAAGUUACAGGACCACAAUUAUUA